AUGUGGAUGUUUUCUUGGCUUUGUACCAUUUUAAUUUUUUUGGCAAUCGCUGGUAUGGACACAGUAGCAAAGACCACACCACAUACCAAAUUUACGAAGAAAUCUGAGGGGAAAGAGAUGCCAAAGGGUUUCAAGCCAUCCAGUGGCCCAGCUCCAGAAGAAGAGGAGAUUCUUUUCACAGAAGCAGCUGAAAAAGCAGAACCCACCCCCAGGCCCCCAGCCCUAGAGUCAGCCUUCGGUGCUGCCACUCUCUUCCCCUUUGAAAACUUCACUCUUGAUGCGGCCGAUUUCUUUUUGAACUGCUGUGAUUGCUGUUCUUCUGUACCAGGGCAGAAAGGAGACCCCGGAGAGACUGGAAAGACAGGUCUUAAGGGAGAGGCUGGUGAUAUGGGGAUCCCAGGGCCACCAGGAGUUGUUGGACCCCAAGGUCCAAAAGGCCAAAAAGGAGAGAAGGGACUGAAGGGAGAACGUGGGGAUCAAGGAACAAGUGGAGUUCCAGGAUACCCAGGGAAACCUGGCGAACCAGGUGGCCUUGGACCUAAGGGGGAGAGGGGAAACAUCGGACUGGCGGGAGAGAAAGGACAAAAAGGGUCCAAGGGGGACACAUGUGCAAAUGGUACCCAAGGAGAUAAAGGAGACCAGGGCGCCGUGGGCUCCCCCGGCUUGAAGGGAGAGCCUGGGGCCAAGGGGGAGAAGGGUGACUGUGGAGAGUCGGGGGAGAUGGGAGGAAAGGGAGAGAAAGGCCAGGAGGGUCUUAAAGGAGAAAAAGGUAGCAAAGGAGACCCUGGAAUGGAGGGCAAAGGUGGCCCAGCUGGCCUGCCUGGGGCCCCAGGUGAUCCAGGCAAGAAGGGAGAAAAGGGAGAGUUAGGACCCCCUGGUCUUGUGGGACCCACGGGGCCAAAAGGUGAGGUUGGAAGCAAGGGGGGCCGAGGAUCUGUUGGCAAGAAGGGCUCUCGGGGUCUCCGGGGCUCCAAGGGCGAGGUGGCCAGAGUUGUGAGGGCAGCUUUCAGCGCUGCCUUAUCCAAGCCUUUCCCGCCUCCCAACAUCCCCAUCAAAUUCGACAAGGUUCUCUAUAAUGACCCGGGGAAUUACAGCCCUGUCACUGGCAAAUUUAACUGCAGUAUUCCUGGGGCCUAUGUUUUUUCUUAUCAUGUCACUGUGAGGGGCCGCCCCGCUCGCAUCAGCCUGGUGGCCUGGAAGAAGAAGAGGUUCAAGUCCAGAGAAAUGCUCUCUGGUCAUGAAAUAGACCAGGCCUCUCUCCUCAUCAUCCUGAAAUUAAGUGCGGGGGACCAAGUCUGGUUGGAAGUGUCAAAAGAUUGGAAUGGGCUAUAUGUCAGUCCUGAGGAUGACAGCAUUUUUACUGGGUUCCUUUUGUACCCAGAGGAAGAUUCUGGAAUUUCACCAUAAACUUGGUGCCUUGAACCGUUUGUAGUUUGGCUUCAGUGGAAUAAGUCAGGCAAUGUAAGGUAGCACGAUUAAAAAAGAAUAACUCAUUAUUU